AUGGAAGCACCGGACUGGUGGCGUGACGCAGUCGUCUACCAGAUUUAUCCUGUGUCGUUCAAAGAUACUACCGGGAAUGGGAAAGGAGACCUCAACGGCAUCACCUCCAAGUUGCCGUAUCUAAAAGAUCUUGGCGUGGAGGUGGUAUGGCUCUCUCCGGUAUAUGCAUCGCCCAUGGUGGACAUGGGAUACGACAUCUCCAACUAUCGAGAAAUACAUCCAGAUUUUGGAACUAUGGAAGACUGGGAGCGCAUGACCAAAGAAGCUCAUCGCAUAGGGCUGAAAGUGGUUAUGGAUCUGGUUGUCAACCAUACCUCAGAUCAACACGAGUGGUUCCAGGACGCUAAAGAUGGAGGCUCGAAGAAAGAUUGGUAUAUCUGGCGAGGGAAGAAUAAAGAGGGAAAGGAACCUAACAACUGGGGCGCCAUUUUUGGUGGCUCAUGCUGGGAGUGGAACGACAAACUAAAAGAGUACUAUUUACACGUUUUUGACGUGUCGCAGCCUGACCUCAACUGGGAGAAUCCGGCAGUUCGAGAUGCAGUAUGGGAUGUGAUGCGAUUCUGGCUGGACAAGGGCUGCGAUGGAUUUAGAAUGGAUGUCAUCAACUGCAUCUCAAAGACACCAGGUUUUCCAGACGCGCCAGUUGCCGAUCCUCAAAGCAUGUAUCAGUACGGACUGAUACAUCGCUUUAACGGGCCAAAAGUGGCAGACUACCUGCUUGAGAUGCAUGACAAAGUCUUGCAAUAUUACCCCAAUGCCUUUACAGUUGGUGAAGCCCCAGGAGUCAAGAGUGCAGAGCAGGCGCUUCCGUUGGUUCAAAAUGGUGUUCCGCUUCAGAUGUUAUUUCACUUUGAACACAUGUAUAUCGACCACCAACCGGGCAAAACGUGCUUCAACUACAAGCCAUGGAAGCUUACGGAACUAAAGGAUGUUCUCGGCAAAUUUAUGGAGUUUAAUGAAGCCAACGGCGGGUGGGACAGCCUCUACUUGGAGAAUCAUGACCAACCACGAAUUAUUAGUCGAUGGGCAAAUGACGGCAAAUAUCGUGACGCAUCGGCCAAGAUGCUAGCAAUCUUCCAUGCUACUGGUAGAGGUACCCUAUUUAUAUACCAAGGGCAAGAAAUCGGCAUGGCCAACCCAGCGGCCUGGACCUUCGACGAGCUUCGGGACCUGGAAGAGAUUCAAUAUUAUAAGGCUAUUGAAGCCAGUAAUGGGGAUACCAAAGACGCGCUGAAGCAGAUUCAGCGGAUUGGACGAGAUAACUCUCGGACCCCAAUGCAAUGGAGCGCAGAUACCAAUGCAGGCUUCACUUCCGGUACACCAUGGAUAAAAGUUAACCAAGAUUACGAAGAAUGGAACGUCGAGGCCGAACAAGCAAGUUCCGAUAUCAGCGUGUUAAAGUUCUGGAAAUCUUUACUUACGAUCAGAAAAGACCAUAAUGGUUUGGUGCGGGGAGCAUUCCAGAUGAUAGACUAUGAGAAUCAGAGCGUCUAUGCCUAUACUAGAAGAAAUGCCACCGAGCAAUACCUAGUGGUGUGUUCGUUUUCUGAAGAGGAGGUGAAAUGGGUGUGUCCUGUCAAUCGUGGCAAUCUGUUGCUUGGGAAUUAUCCGUCGCAGGAGAUUGAGGAAGAUGAUACGUUGACGCUGAGGCCCUAUGAGGGGCGGCUCUAUUAUCUACCAGCAAUGCAACAUUUAUAG